AUGAGUUUUCACGGACCUCCAGGACACCAUGGUCCACCAGGACAUCAUGGUCCACCAGGACAUUUUGGACCACCAGGUCCUCAUCAUCACGGUCCACCACCGGGUAAUUUUGGUCCACCGGGACCACCUCAUCAUGGUCCUCCUGGACCACCUGGUGGUAUAGCAGGAGGUAUUGUCUCCGGUAUAGUCAGUGGUGUGGUCAGUGGAAUUGUCCACCAUGCCUUACAUCCACAUCCUCCUCCGCCUCCGGUUGAGUUUCCACCAUGCUGUCACACUUACUAUACUAACGGUUGUCACCAUUGUAGUGCCUGGAGAUGCUAUAGACCAAGAAAACCCUCUACAAGAGCUAAGGCUAGCAUUAACGGAGGAAUCUCCGUUGAUGCUAGCCAUUGGUCUUGUAAAGUUUGUGGUGUAAUAGAACGACGAACAGCUCUUUUAAGUUCAUCGCACAAAUAUUCUAUUGGAUUGAGGUCGGGACUACAAGGAGGCCAUUCCAAUCUUCAUAGUCCAACCUCAUCCAGGUACUCGUUAACUACUCCUACUCCUAACUCGUUACCUCGCGUUCUGUGGGGCCUGGAAUUAUCAGGCAUCAGUAUAAACUGA